GUACCUACUGCAUUCAUUAAUCUCCAGAGCAAAAUUUUUCAUGUUGCAUUGCAUUGCAGUCAAGCAUGGACAUACGCUCUCGCAGACCUCUCUCUGAAGUAUCUGCUCCUCGAGUGGAGCUUGAAGUAACUGCAGAAGGAACAACUUUGUCUGAAUCAGACAAGAGGAGGAGGAUUUGGACAAUUUACUUCAUUGGAUUCAUUGACUUAUUCGGUGUGAGUAUGAUGAUUCCAUUCUUUCCCCGGAUUGCCGCUAACGUUGGAGCUAGUCUCACUGCAGCCGGGCUCAUUGGGUCACUUUAUGGAGCUCUUCAAGUUGUGUCUAGUCCAGUUAUUGGAAAGUUGAGUGAUGUGUACGGACGUAGAAAUCUUCUUCUGUUGUGUUAUCUCGCUCCGUGUGUCGGCUACUUCAUGAUGAGCAGAGCAGACUCUGUCCUCCUGUUGGUACUAUCAAGAAUACUACCAGGGAUCCUGAAGCACGGACAGUCAAUUUCCAAGGCAUACUUAACGGACAUCACCAGUGAUAAGGAUCGCCGCUCGGUACUUGGUCUAUUCAACGCUCUGAGCAGUCUAGGAUUCAUUUUUGGCCCUCUCUUGUCCGGCUACUUGGCUGAUAUUGACCCUAGCUUAAAACUCAGUAUUUUAUUCGGCUCAGUGGUGUUUGGAUCGAAUCUAUUUAUAGUGUUGUUUUUUCUACCACCGCUAAAAACCAGAUAUUCAAGUAGCGAUCACAGUCAAGAGAAACUCUUUAGUUUACGAUCGAUUAUUGACUCUUUGAAUAUAUUCAAGGGACUACAUGUUCGAGAGAUGUUUGAUAUUCUGCUAGUUCGAUUUCUACUUGUAUUUGCCGUAAUCAUGUUCAGAAGUAAUUUCCCCGUUCUGUUGGAUAAGCACUUCCACUCUGAUGGGUCAACACUCGGUAAGGUCCUCUCGUUCAAUGGAAUUAUCUCUGCUAUAUCUGCGGCAACUUGCGGAUACCUGUCAUCUUUCUAUUCAAACCCAAUCACACAGGUGACUCACUUCUCGAUUCUACUAGCUAUAUCGCUUAUUUUGUCUACCAUCUCCACGUCUAUACUCCUGCUAGUGUUGUGUCUGGUUCCCAUGGCAUUGGCAACUGCUAACCUUCGGAUUUGUAUGCUCAGUUUGCUGUUGCAGAGAGGACGAGAAAACGAAAGAGGUGCUAUUAUCGGAGUGGGUGCUGCUAUGGCUUCGUUGAGUCGUAUGAUAGCCCCGGGCAUUGUGGGCGUGGCUCAAGAGUACGGGAGUGAGGUGGUGGGCUACCUGUGUGCUGGACUAACUCUGGUUGCUGUGACAAUUUUGAUAGGAUGUUUUAGAAGUAGAGAGAUCGUAUCCAAGGACAAAACUGAUAAGGAUAGAUAACUGAAACUGAAACUAGAAUUAUUUUAUUUUUUGUGACAAUGUUUAUAUCUGACUUGUGACUGUUUGGAUCAGUACCUAGUCCAUAUGGAUUAGACUGAGAUUUUUUGCUAGCUUCUCAAGUGCAUUCCAGUCUAUAGUCUAGCACAGCAUGGACAUACGCUCUCGCAGACCUCUCUCUGAUGUGUCUGCUCCUCGAGUGGAACUUGAAGUAACUGCAGAAAGAACAACUUUGUCUGAAUCAGACAAGAGGAGGAGGAUUUGGACAAUUUACUUCAUUGGAUUCAUUGACUUAUUUGGUGUGAGUAUGAUGAUUCCAUUCUUUCCCCGGCUUGCCGCUAACGUUGGAGCUAGUCUAACUACAGCCGGGCUCAUUGGGUCACUUUAUGGAGCUCUUCAAGUUGUGUCUAGUCCAGUUAUUGGAAAGUUGAGUGACGUGUACGGACGUAGAAAUCUUCUUCUGUUGUGUUACCUCGCUCCGUGUGUCGGCUACUUCAUGAUGAGCAGAGCAGACUCCGUCCUCCUGUUGGUACUAUCAAGAAUACUACCAGGUAGACUGACUCUUCACAGGGCUCUACGUAUUAUGACGCUGACUACUGGCUUCUAAAACACGGGCAGUCAAUUUCCAUGGCCUACUUAACAGAUAUAACCAGUGAUAAAGAUCGCCGCUCGGUACUGAGUCUAUUCAUCUUUCUAAGAAGCCUGGGUUUCAUAUUUGGCCCUCUCUUAUCCGGCUACUUGGCUGAUAUUGACCCUAGCUUGAAACUCAGUAUUUUAUUCGGCUCAGUGGUAUUUGGAUUGGAUCUAAUUCCAGUGUUUUUCUUUUUACCACCACUCAAAACCAAUACUGAUCACAGUCAAGAGAAACUCUUCAGUUUACGAUCGAUUAUCGACUCUUUGAACAUAUUCAAGGGACUACAUGUUUGAGAUAUUUUUGAUGUUUUGGUGGUUCAAUUUUUACUUGUAUUUGCCGUAGUUAUGUUCAGAGGUAAUUUCCCCGUUUUCUUAGACAAGCACUUCCACUCUGAUGGGUCAACACUCGGUAAGGUCCUCUCCUUUGACGGAAUUAUCUCUGCUAUAUCUGCGGCAACUUGCGGAUACCUGUCAUCUUUCUAUUCAAACCCAAUCACACAGGUGACUCACUUCUCGAUUCUACUAGCUAUAUCUCUUAUUUUGUCUACCCUCUCCACGUCUAUACUCCUGCUAGUGUUGUGUCUGGUUCCCAUGGCAUUGGCAGCUGCUAACCUUCGGAUUUGUAUGCUCAGUUUGCUGUUGCAGAGAGGACGAGAAAACGAAAGAGGUGCUAUUAUCGGAGUGGGUGCUGCUAUGGCUUCAUUGAGUCGUAUGAUAGCCCCGGGCAUUGUGGGCGUGGCUCAAGAGUACGGGAGUGAGGUGGUGGGCUACAUGUGUGCUGGACUAACUCUGGUUGCUGUGACAAUUUUGAUUGGAUGUUUUAGAAGUAGAGAGAUCGUAUCCAAGGACAGAACUGCUGAUAAGGAUAAAUAACUGAAACUGAAGCUAGUGUUUGUUUGUAUUUUUGUAUUUUUGUGCUGAAGUUAUGCUUAUCUUUUAUCUCUGUGCAUGUUUAUUGUGAAACCAGUCAUCAUGAAUGUUGUCUAAUCUCGAAGUCACAUGUUACAUAACUGUACUCUGUACUUAAUUGGUAUUUGCAGCAAAUCACUGGCCAGACACUCAGUUUUACAGUUUUUGCUGAUAUCUAGCUAGCUAGAGUGCAGCCAUGGCUUUGACUGACUUCAACCUGAAUGAAGGUCGCUAUAUGGGGCUGAUGGAGAAGCUCAUUGGAGAGACAGAGUUCUUGCAAGACAACCCUCCCAAGUUCGUG